GAGUUUCGAGGGUUUUCUUUCUCCUCCUCCAACCUCUGCGGAGGCCACGACUCAGGCGCCGCAGCAGGGGGCCGCCUCCAUGGUGCGGGGCAGCCGCUGCUGAAGUCGGCGAAACCGAGCCUGGCCUGGAGCUGGCCGCGCGGAAGGCCAAGGCCAUGGCCAUAGCCACGUCGGCCCAGCUGGCCCGGGCACUGUACGACAACACCGCCGAGUCCCCCCAGGAACUGUCCUUCCGCCGAGGGGACGUUCUACGGGUGCUGCAGAGGGAAGGCGCUGGUGGGCUGGACGGCUGGUGCCUCUGCUCCCUGCACGGCCAGCAGGGCAUUGUGCCUGCCAACAGAGUGAAGCUCCUUCCCAAUGGCCCGGCACCCAAGCCUGGCCUCUCCCAGGUGCCGCCAGCCCAGCCUGGCUCACCACAUCCAGCCCCAGAAGACGGCAAUGAGGACCAGGAGGUGUAUGUGGUGCCACCCCCAGCUCGGCCCUGUCCUACCUCGGGACCUCUGGCUGCACCCUGUCCGCCCUCCCCUGAUCCCAUCUACAAGGUCCCCAGAGGCAGUGGGAACCAACAGGCUGCCCCUGGAGAUGCCCUGGAGGUCUAUGACGUACCCCCCACUGCCCUCCGAGUUCCCUCCAAUGGCCCCUAUGACUCCCCGGCCUCCUCCCGCCCUCUGGCCUGGGUUGUCCCCCAGUCCCCUGGAGAAGAUGAAGCUCCCUAUGACGUGCCUCUGGCCCCGAAGCCACAGUCAGACCUGGAGCCAGAUCUGGACUGGGAGGGGGGCCGGGAGCCGGGGCCCCCCCUCUACGCUGCCCCCUCCAACCUGAAACGAGCAUCCGCCCUGCUCAAUCUGUACGAAGCACCGGAGGAACUGCUGGCAGACGGGGAAAGCGGGGGCACUGACGAGGGCAUCUACGACGUCCCCCUGCUGGGGCCGGAGACACCCCCUUCUCCAGAGCCCCUGGCAGCCUCGGCUUCCAAUGACCUGGACGCCCUGGCCCUGCUUCUGGCCAGAAGCCCCCCACCCGCACACAGGCCCCGCUUGCCCUCAGCUGAGAGCCUGUCCCGCCGCCCUCUGCCGGCCCUGCCUGUCCCGGAGGCCCCCAGCCCUUCCCCGGCUCCCUCUCCUGCUCCAGGCCGGAAGGGCAGCAUCCAGGACCGGCCUCUGCCCCCCCCCCCGCCCCGCCUGCCGGGCUAUGGGGGCCCCAAGGUCGAGGGGGAUCCAGAGAUCGGGGAGGUGGAGGACCAUCAAGAAGGACACCACAAUGAGUAUGAGGGCAUCCCGAUGGCCGAGGAGUAUGACUACGUCCACCUGAAGGGCAUGGAUAAAGCUCAGGGAGCCAGGCCCCGGGAUAAGGCCUCCCCAGGGGACCCUGAACUGCUGGAGACGGGGCCACCGGAGCAGCAGGAGGCCCCGUCCCCAGGGGAGCCACUGGUUCUUCCCGCCGGAGAUCUACAGCUCCUGCAUUUCUACGCCGGGCAGUGCCAGGGCCACUACUCAACACUGCAGGCAGCCGUGGCGGCCCUGAUGUCCAGCACCCGGGCCAACCAGCCCCCGCGCCUCUUCGUGCCCCACGGCAAGCAGGUGCUGGUGGCUGCUCACCGCCUGGUGUUUGUUGGGGACACCCUGGGCCGCCUGGCAGCCUCCACCCCUCUGCGAGCACAGGUCGGAGCUGCGGGCACAGCGCUGGGCCAGGCAUUGCGGGCCACGGUGCUGGCCGUCAAGGGGGCCGCCCUGGGCUACCCGUCCGGCCCCGCGGCCCAAGAGAUGGUGCAGUGUGUGGCGGAGCUGGCAGGGCGGGCCCUGCAAUUUACCACCCUGCUCACCAGCCUGGCCCCCUGAGCCCCUUGGCCCUGCUCUGCCCUCGCCUGCCUGCCAGAGCCCCCUCAAGGCCUUGGGCAGCUGGAGGGCUCUGUUUUAGGGACUAGGAGAGGUGGAGGCAUCUCUCCCCCUCCCCACCCCCAGUCAUCUCAGCCUCUCACGGAGGCACCUCCUCCCCUACCCCGCAGCUUUUUGUACGAGCCAUUUUGUAUAAAUUAUUUAUAUUUAAUAUUAUUCCCUGCUUUGUCAGGGGCAGGCGCCAGGCCCUCCAGGGCAAGGAGGAACUGGACCUUCCUCCUCCCUCAGCCUGACGCAGAGGUUCUUGGGCACCGCGUGGCCGCCUGCCUCUGGGAUUUCGGCCCCACAGAGGUUCAGGUAGCUGAAACCUGAAUCAUUUUCAGAUUCUGGGGGAAGGGCCCACCCGGAGCCCCUUUCCUGUCCUGUGUCUUGGCUCUAGAACAUCAGUGCCUCACUGUUAGCUGAGAGUGAGGGCAGGACGUUGGCCACCCAGAACGGGAAGGCCUGGGAGAGGCCAGAGGGCUCCUCCCCACAGGAGACAGGAGAGCUGGGCCUUGAGCGCUGGUGCAUCUCAAUAAACCAGGCUGUCUGGU